UUGAGAUGGAUCCAAGCCAUGUGUGGCUCGAAAAGUGCAAUCGUCAAGCUAGGGGGGCCAUUCCUUACUAUUAAUUCGAUCCAUCUAUGGCUUUUGAAAAUUGAUGAGAUGCUGUAAAUUUUGGUUUAAAGAACGGGUCCGUCAAGGACGUUUUGCGAGGGCAUCGUUUCAUCAGCAUUUCAGCUCAGCACCUGCAUGCUGUGCUGUCUUCUAGUGGGUACCGUAUUUCUAGCCAAUUAUGCCGUGCUCAGCAUUACGAACAUAUACCAACAAACAUACGAAAAUAUUCUCCGCUUCUGAACUACGAAAAUACGGGAAUUACAGCACGAUAACAAAGACGUCCAUAUGAUGGUCCGAUGCCAAUCAGGCCUGAUCCGCACCCUGAUUCAUCGAGAAUUGAGUUUGUCUUCCACGAAAUUUCUGCAAAAAUGCUGCCAAAAUUAAGCUCGUGAGCUUUUCCGUUGAUAUGUUUUGGUGAAUUUUGUAGACGGAGGACUCAUAAACCUCUUGCUCAACCCUCGCCUCGUGCCCGCCAAUGGCGAUCGCCGGCGGCUCGCACUGUUCGCCGCUCCUCCUCUCGAGGACGCGCCGUCGCGCGCCGCUUCCGCCGCCCAACCCCUGCUCCUGCCUCCCUGGCGAGCCACGCCACCUCCGCCCCUGCCGCGCGUCCCUGGCCACGGCCACGCCGCCAUCUCCUCCCGACGAGGAACACCGCAAGAGCCCGGUCGAUCCCGCUAUGCUACUCGCUGCUAUCGCCGCAGCGGCGGCGGCAGCCAGCCCGCACGCCGCGCUCGCCGCGUCCGGCGGCGCCAUGGGAGGGCGCUCCUACUCCUCGUCGUCGCGCUCCUCCUCCUCGACCUCAUCUUCGUCGUCCUCGUUCUCCUCCUCAUCGUCUUCCUCCUCAUGGUCGACUCCCUCAUCAUCAUCCUCUUCCGCCUCUUCAUGGUCGAGGCCCUCGUCCUCCUCGACGGAGCAGCAGGAGGAGGCGACUCACGUAUCCGUCGGCACGGCUCCCUCCUCCUCAUCUUCUUCCGCCUCGUCAUGGUUGAGGCCCUCGUCCUCCUCGACUUCCUCCUCGCCGGAGCAGCAGGCGGAGGCGACUCACGUAUCCGUCGGCACCGCGCGGCCUCCCUCGGUGGCUACGGCCGCCCAGCGCAACGCGGAGAUGCGGUUCUGGGGCUACCUAGCUUCGGCGUCCGUCAGCGCGGCUGCCCUGUUUCUCGCCGUGCGGCACUACACCCGCCCGAGGACGACCGUCGUCAAGCUCCAGGUUGCGUUGCUGGGUCUUGCAAAGUCACUCCAGAAAGAUCUGAACGAGAUUGCCGAGAAGGUGGAAGCUUCUAAUCAACGAUGGUAUAAGUUCAUAUUGACAGAGACCAUAUGCUCCUUGCGCCGCCACAAUAAUUGUUGUAUCUCUUCAAGCUUAUCAGUUGAUGUGAAAGAUACAGGUGACUCAUGGGAGCAGCAUUUUGACAAAAUUUCUAUCGAGGAGAGGAGCAAAUUUGAUGAAGAAACCCUCUACAACUUGGAAGGAAUCAAGAGAAAGAAAAGUUACUCUAGAAAACCAGAUGGCUUCAGAAACGAGUACAUAGUGCUAACCAUUCUGGUUGCUGCCGAUGGAGCACUGAAGUUCCCUGAAGUCCGAAACUACGCAGAUCUGGAAGCAGCUGUGGAAACGCUCAACUCUAUACCCGCAAGGCGAAUUCAGGGCAUUCAAGUUUUAUGGACUCCCCAAGAUGAGGACGACGUUCUUUUGGCAGCGAAGCUGCUGGAGGAUUAUCCUUAUCUGAAACCCUUGUGUGAUGACUAGAGUAAUGUUCUUGGAGGUCGUCGUACGGACAGAUAUAGGUUUUGGUAGCUGAUUGAAUGUUUUGUGCCGGCCACAUACCUUUGAAAGUUUGUGGCUGCUGAUUCGCGGGGUGCACCGUGCUGCCCGAGUGUCAUCUUACGUCAUGGCAGAUUAGUUGAUUCGAACUUAGAAAAGGAAGUUGUAUGAAUCGAUAUUUAUAAAAUACAAUAGGGAAAUGCCAAGGACAAUCGACUGUUUUCUUUUCUCAUUUCUUCCUCCCCUG